CGCUGAUCCCUUGACAGUAUGUGAGUAUUGUUACCGCCCUGAAGAAGAUGAGAUGUGGUCCACGUUACGACUCGGAUUUUCGCCCUCUGGGUCGUCAACAUUGGAGAAGAUUAUGCACCUUGGUUCUGCUGCUGUCAUUAUUUUCGAAAACACUUUCUAUCUUUGGAGCCAGCAACGCUUUACAUCUGGGCAGGAGUCUGUUUACCCCGUUCGUGUUGCUCUUCAGCAGUACAUGGCAUCUCCCAAUGCAGCUGCCGUCAGGGAAGCUCUGAGCUCUGCCGUUCGCACAUAUGAAGCGGGCUUCUCUCACUUGAUACCAGGAUCGGCCAAACGCUCUCAGAAGAAGGCGGAGUUAAUCGACACAAUUAUUG